AACUGUUCCCCUUAGCCGGUUUGAUCAUGGUGUGCGUCGUUGCCUAGAGAAGAUGUUCAAUUUGUCUAUGUCUGACGCCUGUUGGAAACAGGCAACCCUACCACAGUCUGUCUUGGUGGCCUUGGUCUAAGAGAAGCCAGCAGGACAGCUCCAGCAGUCUUCAUUGGAACCUGUAAUUCAACUUGCAAAUUAUUAAGUCAAUUGCUUGGGCAUGCUACGUCAUUUGUGGAUAGCAGUGAGCACGUCAACCUCGCCUCAUUCGACCAGAAUUUGAUAGUUUCUGGUGAACUACCAACUUGAGAGAUUUUAAGGAGUGUACUGUCACUGUGAGGAUAUUGAUUUCAAGGCUUCUAAACAACGCGAAUUCCAAGCCGUUCUUGACUCAUCACUGCUACGGAAAAUCAAGGCUGAAAGUAACUUACGAGAUAAAGCACGUCUCAACUCAGUCUCCACCAGACAUUCCGGGGCAUGGCUUAUGGCAAUACCUAACCAGAAAUUAGGCCUGGUCAUGUCUCCUCAGGAAUUUAUGGUUGCUCUUUGUAUGUGGCUUGGCAUUCCUGUGUUUGCAUCUCCUCCUUCGUCCGUUAGGUGUCCUUGUGGUACUGUCAUCGAUCCACAUGGAGAUCAUGUCUUGGGUUGUGGUCAUGGCUCACUAAGAAAUAAAAGGCAUGACACACUUUGUGACGUCAUUUUCAACACAGUUCUUGUUGACAACCGCGACUGCAAGAAGGAGCAACGGUGCAACAGCCACAACAAUGCCAGACCAGGGGAUGUGUUUCAUCCUGACUUCCUGCAGGGCCGAGCUGCGUAUUUUGAUGUGACCGUUAGGAAUUCCCUACAGGCAUCAUAUCUUCUAGAAUCAGCCACCCAACCAGGAGCAGCAGCUGCUGGAGGAGACUCCGAGAAGAUUGCACAGUAUGAAGAUGAAGUUAACGCAGCUGGAUGUGAUUUCUAUUCUCUAGUUGUAGAGGCACUGGGAGUUUGGUUUCCUAGUUCUUUAGAGAUUUUAAAAAUUAUAGCAAGAAGAGCUGUUUUAACUACAGGGACAACGGUCUCUAGAGCUAUCCAGCAUUUACUGCAACAACUUUCUUUUAGUCUUUGGCGGUAUAAUGCUAAACUGAUCUUGGACAGACUAGCCAUCUGUAAUGUUGACAAUGUUAUGUAGGAGUAUGUGUGAUUUGUUUGCCCACUGUUAGUGGGUAAAAUAUAAAAAAAUUAAAAUAUACUAUAUAUAUAUGUCUAGUUUUGAAUGGAAUGUAGUUCUUUAUUGUAUGUUUCUGUUUUUGUAUAAUUCUGACUGGAACUAACAUCAUAGUUUGA